AAAACUAAACUAAACAAAACAAAUAAUAACCCCAGAGGCAGAGGCUUCCAGAAAUUGCUUCGACUUGAACAGAGGAAACAGAGCGCGGCGGAGAGAGCGGCGGAGAGAGAAAGAUGGCGCUAGCGGUUAAGGCUUUUCCGUUCACUGUGGUGAGUCACGUGCUGGCAAUCGUGGCGCUAAUUAUGGUGCUGAUUUGGACCAUUCAUUUCAGAGGCGGCCUCGCUUGGGAGGCUGUCAAUAAGAAUCUCAUCUUCAAUAUUCAUCCUGUUCUUAUGCUACUGGGAUUGAUUAUCAUAGGAGGUGAAGCUAUAAUUAGUUAUAAAUCACUGCCAUUAAGGAAAGAAGUGAAGAAAGUGAUUCAUUUGGUGCUACACGGCGUCGCAUUGGCACUGGGUAUUGUGGGGAUCAUUGCCGCCUUCAAGAACCAUAAUGAGAGUGGGAUCGCUAAUCUUUACAGCUUGCAUUCUUGGAUUGGAAUUGGCGUAAUUAGCCUCUAUGGUCUCCAGUGGGUGUACGGGUUUGUGACAUUCUUCUACCCUGGAGGAUCCGCUGAUCUCCGAAGGGUGUCACUCCCAUGGCACGUGAUAUUUGGGUUGACUGUUUACAUAUUGGCCGUCGGCAACUCGGCGCUGGGUUUUCUUGAGAAGCUCACAUUUCUCGAGAGCUCCGGCCUCGCGAAAUACGGCACAGAGGCGUUUCUUGUCAACUUCACCGCCAUCACCACCGUCAUUUUUGCUAUUUUUGUGAUUUUGUCUGUUAUUUCUCAGCCUUGCGCUCAAGAAGACGACCAUGGCGCUUAUUCUGCCAUAUGAUAUCUCCACCUGCUUAGCAUUUGUAUUUGUUGUUUUUGUUUUUGUGUUUCCCAAAGUAUAAGUUUGGAUGUUCACUAGCUAUACUUCUAUUAUCUGUUUUGAGUGUUUAAUGAAUAUAUAUAUACAUAUACUAUUCAUAAGAGGCCUAAGGAGUACUAGAGCUCGAACAAGAACAUUGCAACAAGUUAUUGAGGAAGAUAAUGAUGAUAGAGUAUGCAUGUACUUAUUAUUUA